AUUGGAGUCGUCUUAGUGACGUUGGCCAUCUUCAGUUCAGCUGAAGACAAGGCCGAAACAUCACAACAGAAAGUUGAAAGGAAGCCACAAGAAGCAGCAGCGUCAGAGAAAUCUGAAGCAGUUGAGAAGGAGAAGAACCAGGAGAAGAAUCAGGAGAAGAGGGGAAUUAUUGGUUUUGGAUACGGGGGGUUUGGUGGUCAUGAAGGGGGAUUUGGAGGCCACGAUGGUGGAUUUUUAAUCGGUGGUGGUUUUGGUCAACAUGAUUUUGGGGGAGGACUAUCAUCAGGAGAUCACCAUGAGAUUAAAACCAUUACCAUUACCAAGAAAGUCCCAUAUGCAGUACCUCAACCAUAUCCCGUAAAAGUGCCAGUUGAGAAACCUGUCCCAUAUCCCGUGGAAAAGCCCGUUCCUUACCCUGUCAAAGUUCCAGUAGAUCGUCCCUACCCUGUUACAGUUGAAAAAGCUGUGCCGUAUCCUGUCGAGAAACCAGUCCCUUACCCAGUUAAAGUCCCUGUAGACCGACCAGUCCCCGUACAUGUUCCUGUUGAAAAGAAAGUCCCAUAUCCAGUAGAAGUGAAAGUGCAUGUUCCACAGCCCUACCCGGUGCAUGUCGAUAAACCUUACCCUGUCUACGUCGAAAAGAAAGUGCCAGUCCCCGCUCCUUACCCCGUCCACGUAAAGGUCCCCGUCCCACAACCCUAUCCCGUCCACAUAAAGGUCCCAGUGGAAGUUCCCGUUGACCGUCCCUACCCUGUUGAAAUUAAGGUGCCUGUCGACCGACCUUACCCAGUGCCAGUUCCCAAACCCUACCCAGUCACCGUAGAGAAGCAUAUCCCAUACCCCGUCGAAAAGAAAGUCCCUUACCCUGUGAAGGUCCCUGUUGAUCGACCAUACCCUGUUCCAGUACCCAAACCUUACCCAGUGACUGUUGAGAAGCAUGUCCCAUAUCCGGUUGAGAAGCCUGUUCCAUACCCAGUUGAGAAGAAAGUACCUGUCCCUGUGAAGGUCCCUGUUGACCGUCCAUAUCCUGUCCCAGUGCCCAAACCCUACCCGGUGACGGUUGAGAAGCACGUACCAUAUCCGGUUGAGAAACCGGUCCCAUACCCAGUGAAGGUCCCUGUUGAGAAGCCUGUCCCAUAUCCUGUUGAGAAGCCCGUACCCUAUCCUGUGAAGGUCCCUGUACCAGUGCAUGUGAGCCAUCACGAGGGCAGCGAAGGGUUUGGACUGCACCACUAAAGCAACCACUGGAGUAACUUACUGUGAACGUGCUGAAGAAGACAUUUGUUUCUGUGUGUAUCUGUGUUAAACAUUGCCCACUGUUAUUUGUAUGCGUGUAUAUGUGUAAAAAGAAGACAAUAAAAAUCUGCAGU